AUGCCAAACACCACCUACUGCAAAGAAUGGGUCACCACCGAAGAGGCGUUGCCGCUACCUUCCCAGCCGUUUCUCACAGCAUACAUGAGUGUGCUUGCUCUGGCAGCGCUGGUCUUUGGCAUCACGAUCCGUAGCUUGCGGCCUCAGGCCGUGCGCCGCCUUCUGGCCGAUGCUGGAGUGGCGAUGCACAAGGUGAAGAAGACUGCAACGGAGAUCGAGCGCAAGAUCUUCCACCUCUGCGGUUUGCUGGUUCCCCUGGUGUACCAGCUGCUGCUCACUCAUGGCGUGUCCAGAAGUUUCUGCGUGCAGCUCUGCUGGCUGAUCACGGUACUCGGGGUCAGUGCGGACUGGCUACGUGUGCACGUCCCCUUCGUCCGGGAUCAUUGGCCCCUGAAGUCCAUCCUCCGAGAGAAGGAGGCGGACCGGCUCUGUGGAGGUAGCUAUUUCUCCCUGGGUUGCACGCUGGCCAUCCAGAUGUUUGCACCCGUGAUAGCAAUGACAUCCAUUCUUUUUCUCGUAAUGGGAGAUAUGGCGGCAGCCCUCAUCGGCCGGUCCUUUGGCCAGAGCAUCUGCAGCAUAGGCAUCGGGCCUGGCGGCAAGAAAUCCGUGGAAGGGAGCACGGCUAUGUUCAUGACCUGCUUUGUGUCUUGGCUUCAAGUUUUGCUUGGGAGGUGA